AUUAUUUUCAAAAGUGAUCCCAACUCUUCGACGCCGCGGACUACGCACGGCUCGUACACGUCUCUUGCGUAAACGCACACUGCAGAGCGUUUAAUAUAUAACAUAUAAUAUAACGAUAUUCAAAUAAACGUACCGUUUGUACAUAAUAUACAUUAUUAUAUUAUAUUAUAUUCGUCUCGUCGGGUGUGCGCGCGUCUAUCCGUCAGAAACGCCGCGAAAAUUUAGUGAUAAUCACUGUUACGGUUUUUUUUUUUUAUUUUUUCUCUCUAUCUAUUAUUAUUAUUUAUUUUUUUGCUUGUUCCUCGUUCGCGGUACAUACCUGCCUACCAAUAUAACUUUCUAUCUUUCGUAUUUCUAACUAUUUUUUUCGCUUCUCUCGCCGCUUCUGCCCCCUUUACCUUCCCCCUGUCCUCCACGUUCUAUAAUAUUCUACUCGACGACAUGGCUGAGACCAUGUCUGUUGAAUAUAACGGAUACAGUCGCGAACUGUGGCUGAACGUGGUGGCCACCACGUUGGGCUUGACCUACUCGGCGUAUCGACAACUCCGUGCCGCACAAAAGCUGCCGCCCGGGCCGUGGGGCGUACCGUUCUUGGGAUACGCGCCGUUCCUGUCCAACCAUUGCACGUACUUAAAAUACAACGAACUGGCCCGUAGGUACGGGCCCAUAUGCUCGUUCACGCAACGCGGCAACACCGUGAUAUUGCUCAGCGACCACAAGCUAAUUAAGACCGCGUUCGACAUGAAACAGAUCACUGGCCGACCCAACGACGGUUACAUGGAUAUAAUUGGCGGAUAUGGAGCGGUGAAUAGUACUGGGAAGUUAUGGGAGUCCCAAAGGAAGUUCUUACAUUUAGUACUUAGACACAUGGGGAUGACAUUCACGGGCCACAACAGGUUAAACAUGGAAAGCAGAAUAAUGAUUGAAGUAUCAACGUUAAUGGAAACAUUUCACAAAACGUGUGGCAAACCAAUAGAUUUGAAUGCAGGUUCGAUAUGUCUUGCUAUCACUAACGUGAUCAGCUCAUUGACGAUGAGUGUUAGAUUUGAACCCAAUGACCCGCGAUUCGAACGGUACAUGCAUAUGGUAGACGAAGGUUUUAAACUGUUCGGUAUGUUGCGACCUGUAAGUCUGUUUUUGCCGAGGCGUCAUCUCACGGACGAGCGAAAUAUUCAGGAAAAAAUCAAGAACAACCAUCAAGAAAUCGCUGGGUACUUUCAGAAUAUUAUUGAAGAACAUCGGAGUACGUUUGAUCCAAACUGUAUACGUGACCUGGUCGACGCUUAUUUGUUAGAAAUACAACAAUCUCAAGAUGCCGGUACAAUGGACCAAUUAUUUCAAGGAUUGAACCCAGACCGACAAAUCCAACAAAUCCUUGGAGAUUUGUUCUCCGCGGGUAUGGAGACAAUUAAGAACACGAUUUUAUGGGCAAUGGUGUACAUGCUUCACAAUCCGGACGUGAUGACUAAGGUGCAAGACGAGAUUGAUUCAGUAGUGGGUCAAUAUAAAUCACCAGUACUCGAUGAUUAUCCUAAUUUGCCUUACACACAGGCUACCUUAUAUGAAGUACUACGAAAAUCAAGUAUUACACCAUUAGGCACAACACAUGCAACUACUAGUGAUGUUACUCUCAACGGUUACCAUAUACCAAAUGGUGCUCAAAUCAUACCAUUACAACACUUCGUACACAAUGAUCCGAAAUUAUGGGAUGAGCCAGAGGCAUUUAUACCUGAAAGAUUUUUAAAUGCAGAGGGUAAAGUGAAAAAACCUGAUUGCUUUUUACCUUUCGGAGUUGGUCGAAGAAAAUGCUUAGGGGAGACAUUAGCUCAAAUGGAAUUAUAUUUAUUUUUUUCAACAUUGUUACACGAAUUCGAUGUAUGUUUACCAGAAGGUGACGAACUGCCCAGUAUGGAUGGACAAGUCGGAAUCACAUUGACUCCACAAUCAUUCAAAGUUGUUAUGAAAAAACGAAAUAAGUAAUUUAAAAUUUGGCUUUUUUUUUAGAUCUUCUUAUUUGUUUUUAUAUUUAUGAUACAUGAGUUAAUUAUGAAAAUUUUACGAUAGUGAUUUUGAAACCUCAAAAUUAUCGUGCUUAAAAAUUAUUAUUUAUUUACCAAUUUUCUUAUCACAUGAGGUUCUCUAUAAUUUAUACAACUUUUUGAAAAUUUAAUUUAAGA